UGACAAAAAGAAGGCAGAAAGCAGAACGAAAAUGAGUUUUGACGUUGUUCCAGUACAUUUCAGCAAUGACAAGAAUUGUUUUAUAUCAUUACCAUCUCCAAUUAUCAAAAAAAUUGCGAAUAAGUCAGAGUUACUGGUGUUUGAAGUUCAGACAGAUGAUGGCAUUACAGUAUAUGCAUCAGUUAAAGAUGUCACUUCAAAUAAUUAUUUAGGAAUUAAUGGAUUAUUUGCAGAGAAACUAAAACUGAAAGAUACACAACAGGUCAUUGUGAGAGUAAAAAGAAAUGUUCCUAUAUGCAGUCAGGUGUCUAUUGAACCACUGUCCUGUGAUGACUGGGAAAUUUUGGAAAAGCAUGCCAGUUAUGUGGAAUCUCACCUGCUUGACCAGGUGAGGGUUGUAUGGUCCGGUCUGGUCUUACCUGUGUGGGUGGAGAGAAAUGUCUGUGUCUACCUGAAAAUCACUGUUACAAAUCCAGCAGAGGAGUGUGUAUUACUAGUCACUGACACCGAGGUUGUUGUUUCUCCUAAAGUCCGAGGGGGUGCGUUCAGUGACUCUAAAGUAAGGAAACAUAGUCCUUCCCCAGCUAGAGGGGAGGAUAAACUGAAGUUUUCUGGUGAGAAAAGUUUUGACUCUAAUAGCUCUGUUAGUGAUGGGUAUUCUUCACGAAUGGAAAUUCCAUCCAAAUGGAACUGGAAGGAAUGGGUGCCAUGGUUACUGGGUGUGCAGAACACUUCCAAUAGGAUCCAGGAGCCAUUCCGUGGGAUUCCAAACUUUCGUAAAAAGUCAAUUGAUUAUAAGAAGAUGGACAUUAUUCAGGAAGGACUAAAUUUAGCAUUUCGGGUUCAGCCACAAAGAAUAAGAAAUAUGGGGAAAAAGGGGAAAAAAGAAGAACCGGUAAGUCCAACAACAAGUUCAGAGGACCUCAAAGAGUGCCCAUUCUUGCAGCAGCCAGCUGUUGUUUUUGUAAAUACAGAGGAUAUCAUUGAACAAACUGGUAACAUGAGUUUACAUGUUCCUGGAAUGUUUUUAGCCAGACUUUCAAAGCUUUUCUCACCUAAAGUUCAAAUGGCAGAAAUGGAAAAAGAAUUGAAUGAAGAAAAGAACAAAGGAAAACAGAAAUCAGUCCGAUCUACCAAGGGUGAGAAUGAAAAAGAUCCGCCAUCUAAAGAGAAAGACCACUUGACACAGUGCAUUGUGAGAGUAGUUGUGCUGGACAAAAAGAAAACCAAUACAAAUGUACACUGUGAACAGAUGCUGAAUGAAGUGACACGAGAUCAUCCAAUACUCUGCCACCAUGUGCUUGUUCCUGAUACUCUCCGGAGAUUGAUGAAGCUGGACGCUACCAGCUGUGUUUGGCUGCAGACGAUAUCUACGCUUCCUGUCAUGCCCACUUCAUAUGAAGUUUAUCCAGUGGGAAGUCUACCCCCUAAUUUCACCAGUCAGAUGGUGGAGAUGGCAUUUAGGAGGUGGAUAACUGUAGCCACAUCAGUAAAUCUUCCACUGGUGGUCUUCAGUGGAAUUAUAGUAGAUUUUCCACUUUUUAAAGACAAAAACAUGGAAUUCCAAUUAGUUUUCCCAGGGACAGUCCACCAACAAGAUCCAGAUAUCCCCCCAUACAGCUUAGUGUACCAGGGCAAUAUGAAUGAUGCUCCAUUAAAUGUGGUCAUACCGGACUCCCAUGCUCCCCCACAGUGGCCUGUACUACCCAUGCUGCAAUACACUAAUUUAGACACCAUUGACCCCAUGCUGCCUAGGACACAGCUCUCUGAUUUAGGAGGUGUGGAAGAGUACAUACCCAAAGCAUUGUCACACUUGGAAAUUUGCCUAGGCAUGAAGCCCCUGGCUGAUGGUAUGUUUAACAUGACCACUCCAGGGCUGAGCAAUGGGAUGCUUCUCAUCACUGGCAGUAGAGGAAGUGGGAAAAGUUCACUUGCCAAAGCUUUAUGCAGAAAAAUGGCAGAAAAAGAAAACUUGGCUCAUAUCUUUUAUGUUGAGUGUAAACCACUCAGGGGUAAACGUCCAGACAGUAUUUUGAAGUACUUAGAGGAGGUAUUUGAUGAAGCAGUGUGGAGACAACCGUCUAUAAUUCUGCUGGAUGAUUUAGAUCAUGUGGUGCCUGCCCCUUCUGGCCCCGAGGCAGAACUUGGUGGCGAGGCAAUUUACGGAGCUAGAAUUGGUGAAGUGAUAAGAGACAUACUGAGGAAAGAAAUUACCAAUGGAGGUCUUCUCGCUGUCAUAGCGACCAGUCAGUCACGGAACUCCAUUCAUCCCCUACUGAUGACGUCCAGAGGGACUCACUUCCUACAGGAACUGAUACGAAUCAAUCCACCGGACAAGAAAAAAAGACAAGAGAUCUUUAGAGCAAUCAUCAGGAACAGACACAUGGUUUCCCAGCAGACAUUAGAGGAGCUGGAUCUUAAUGUUAUCCUGGGAAGAACAGAGGGUUAUGUAGCUCAAGACCUGGAAAAUCUUGUCAGUCGAGCUAUCCACGCACAUACAAUAAAGCAAGAGAGGGAUCCUAACCAGUCAGCAGACAAACCUCAGCCAGAGAUGGUCCUCACCCAGUCAGACUUCACAGAGGCCUUGUCAGGGUUCACGCCAGCAUCCAUCAGGAAUGUGCCGCUGCACCAGGCGGGGGAGUUAGGGUGGGAGGACGUGGGGGGACUCACAGAUGUCAAGAAAACACUGAUGGAAACUCUAAUGUGGCCCUCUAAGUACCCCAUGUUAUUUUCCUCCUGCCCUCUGAGAUUGAGGUCUGGUUUACUGCUAUAUGGGGCCCCAGGGACAGGAAAGACUCUACUGGCAGGAGUGGUGGCCAAGGAAUGUGGACUCAACUUUAUCAGUAUCAAGGGGCCUGAACUCCUGAGUAAAUACAUUGGUGCUAGUGAACAAGCCGUCAGGGAUAACUUUGUAAGAGCUCAAAGUGCCAAGCCUUGCAUUUUAUUCUUUGAUGAGUUUGACUCUUUGGCUCCCAGGCGUGGUCAUGACAACACAGGGGUUACAGACAGGGUGGUUAAUCAGCUGUUAACCCAGUUAGAUGGGGUAGAGGGAUUAGAAGGUGUGUAUGUACUGGCAGCCACCAGUCGGCCGGAUUUAAUUGACCCCGCACUGCUUCGUCCUGGUAGAUUAGAUAAAUGUCUUCAGUGCAAGCUCCCAAACGAGGAAGAAAGAUUAAAGAUUUUCAAAGCCCUUACAAGAAAAAUGUCUCUGGGAAAAACUGUGGACUUGGAAUAUUUUGCCAAGGAGUGUGAACACUUUUCAGGAGCUGACAUUAAGGCCCUAUUAUACAAUGCUCAAUUAGAGGCCAUCCAUGAACUAACAGGAAAGGUGCUAAAGGGAGAGAACCCUGAUCUUUUACUACCUCCAGCAGAGAGUAAUAAGAACCAAAGGAGUCCAAGAGUACCAAGGAAGUCCAAGAGCCAAAAGCUGCUUAAAGUAGAGACAGUGCCUCCUAAAUUGUCCACCAAUAAAAAGAUUGCACACAUUCCUAAACUACAGGAUGGUCCUUCGCCACUCACAGAGGAAGUAGAGGAAAAGCUCUCUAGUCAGGUUGAACAAAUCAGAGGUCGGUUAAUGGUAAAUAAGGCCACAGAACAUGUAUCCACAGUGGACUCCAUGUUCUCUCCAGUGACAACCUCUAAAGGUCAGCUGAUCCAAAUCAACCAAUCACAUUUACAAGCUGCUCUGAAAAAGACUCACCCAUCAGUUAACGAGAAAGAAAGAAUGAAAUUUCAACAAAUAUAUGCGAAUUUUACCGCCAGCAAAGGAGGAAGUCCCGGGACCUCUAUAGAACAGAUGAUAGGCAGUAGGCAGACAUUGGCCUGAGGAUUCCGGUAUAAAUGGAAAUAAAAUAAACAUAUUGCUGUCCUGUGAUAACAGCACUGAAAUCCACAUAAACGUUGUAUAGAACUACAUGUGUCUGUUUUGGUGUUGAAAUAAAGUGACGUGAAUUUUCCCCCA